UUUUUUUUUUAUUUUCUUUAAUUUUUAAAUCAGAUUUAACAUAAUUCAGUUCUCAUUUGAUCUUCCUUCUAAAUAUAAGACACUCCACCUCCUGUCGUUGUAUGAAAGCAUGAGCGAUAACGAUGACAUCGAGGUUGAAAGCGACGCAGACAAAAGAGCUCAUCACAAUGCACUGGAGCGUAAGAGGAGAGAUCACAUCAAAGACAGCUUCCACAGUCUGAGAGACUCUGUACCUUCACUGCAAGGUGAAAAGGCAUCAAGAGCUCAAAUACUGGACAAAGCUACAGAGUACAUUCAGUAUAUGAGGAGGAAAAAUCAUACACACCAGCAAGAUAUCGAUGACCUGAAAAGACAGAAUGCUUUAUUAGAACAACAAGUUCGUGCACUGGAGAAAGCAAGAUCAAGCUCUCAGCUGCAGACCAACUACUCUUCCUCUGACAGCAGCCUCUACACAAAUCCCAAGGGCAGCACCAUUUCUGCCUUUGAUGGUGGUUCUGACUCUAGUUCUGAAUCAGAGCCCGAGGAACCCCAAAGCAGAAAGAAGCUACGAAUGGAAGCAAGCUAAGGAUCCAGCAAUAAACAAACAUCCUGUACCAAGUUUGACUUAUUCACCCACAACAUAGUUCAAAAUUAGACCCUUUCCAUCAGCUUUAAGAACUUCUGUUAGUUUACAGUUUCACUAGGCUCAUGGACUGAAUAUUUUUUGUUGACUUACUCACACCCCAUUUUCCACUUCUUAUUUAACAUAACGGCAAUAUCAUCUUAAAUCAGUAGAAGUACAAAAAAGAGAAAUUCUGUGCAAGUUGCUUGCUAUACCCCAGCACCUAUGACUACAGUUUAGCUGCUCUAUGGAUAGUAACAAGCACAGUGAAUGAUGCGGGUUAUGGAAGCCUGUAUAGAAAAAAAAAAAACAUCAUGCAGUUGCACAUGUUUAUUGCUUUUUUGUAAUACUUCUAACUGAAUUUCAGUUUGAAAAAUUAACUGUGCCACAAGAGGUUUCAAAAAGGUACAUAGUUGGUGCUUUACUUUGAUGUGAACCUUUGGGCUCAAAUCUACAUGUAUCUAUUAUAACAUUAUAAUUUUACAUUCCCACUUGCUUUAAAUUAUAUUUUGAAUUAAUCCUUAUGUGAGAUGUGAAAGAUUCCAUGAGGAAAUUUGUUUUUCUUCUUCAUUCAUGCAUUCAGUUGACAUGCUCAUAAAAUAGUGUGUGCAACAUGUAAUAAAAGGUCCCCCACAGCCUUUUCGUACACCGAGAUGAUGUAGCUACAUGUUGCAGCAGUCACAUUAUCAUAAUCUGACUGCCUACUUAUCGAGUUGGCUGUGAUUUGACAGAUUUGUAAUCUUCUUUUUUUUUUGUUUUUUGUCAAUUGUAUGUACUUGCCAAAUGAAAUUUGCCCUCAACUACAAAAACCAGCAACCUUCUUCAAAAUGCAGUUUUCAAGAAUCCAAUAAUUUAAAUGCUAUUAGUGUGGUAAACAGAAAAAUAACUUGACUUUCCUCUUGUACAGGAAAGGAAUUAGUGGAUUAAGUAGAGCAUUGUUGUCUUUAAUAAUACUUGCGUACUGUUAUUUUCACAAUGUAUACUGUGUUGUCUUGUUAGAUGGAAACUGGAAUGUUCAAAGCAGAUAUGUUUCUCCACACAAAAGGCAUUUGGACUGAGCUUAGCUUGGCACAUUUUUUUUUAAAUAUAUAUAUGGAAUGCUUUAGAUCUUAACCUAAGGCUACUUAUGACACAACAGCUGUUUGCUUCUUUUAAACCUCUUCUCUAUGCUUCAUUAAAAAAGGGAGCCAUCUUAAUUCAGAUACUCUGCUAGUCUCUUUCAAUCAAUGUGGCUUUUCAAAUGGAUACUCAAAUUUUUACAUUUAUAUAUUAGUAAAACAAACCAGAUGUGAAAAAAAGCUUGAUGCACAUAUUAUAGCGAUAUGCUUGUAAUUUAUUAUUUUUCUUCUUGAGUGGGGGAGUAUACCUUUUGUCUUAAUAGAGAAGCAAACUUAAUAUUGUGUGAAAUGGUUUUCUAAUGGAUUGCAGGGUGUUUUCCAAGAUACAAUCAGGGUCGCAUUCAUGGGUGGAUUAAUUAAAAAAAGGAUUUGCACAACAUGACAACAAAUUAACUACUAUUUAUACCAUUUCUCGUUGUUACAGAGGAAAAUGCAGCUAAUCACAAGAUUUUUAUUUUCUAUUAAUCUUAAUAUAACCAACAAAUAUUUAAUUAUUUUUAUUCUCAUUUCUACCCACUGGAGACCAUGGCUAUAUUGUACAGCCCAACAGACAUAUCAAAGUUACUAGUCACCUUUACUAUAAAACUAUAAAUAAAGACUUAUUUUAUCCUUGUAA